AUUAUUCAUGAGCUUUCGCGGGCUUUUGACCACGUGAUUCGUAAUCCGCGCGGAAUUCAGGCUCCGGCGGCGCUGCGGUUUGGUAACUGUUCGGGGAAGAAGCUCCGUUGAAUCGGAAAGCAGGCGAAAUGGCGGAUUCCUCCGAGUCGAACAUGGCUACCAGCCCCGUGUACAGCUCUCGGAGAGGAGAGGCCUUCACUUCCAGUCCAGGGAGAGAUCUGCCGCCCUUCGAGGACGAGUCUGAGGGACUCCUGGGGACUGGGGGACUCCCUGAUGAAGAGGAAGAAGAUGGAGAGGAGUUGAUUGGAGAAGGGAUGGAAAGGGACUAUCGUCCUAUUCCUGAGCUUGAUGUCUAUGAAGCUGAAGGUUUAGCCUUGGAUGAUGAAGAUCUGGAAGAGCUAACUGCCAGCCAAAGGGAAGCAGCAGAACGGGCGAUGAGACAGAGGGACCGGGAGAUGGGCCGAGGCCUGGGCCGCAUGCGGAGUGGACUGCUUUAUGAGAGCGAUGAUGAAGAUGAGGAUCGUCCUUUGCGGAAGAGGCGCCUGGCUGAACAGGCUGCUGAUGGUAUGGAAGAGGAGGAGGAAGACAUGAUUGAAAGCAUAGAGAACCUGGAAGACAUGAAGGGGCACUCAGUGAGGGAGUGGGUGUCCAUGGCAGCUCCCCGUCUUGAGAUCUACCAUCGCUUCAAGAACUUCCUAAAGACCCAUGUGGAUGAUCAUGGUCACAAUGUCUUCAAAGAGAGGAUCAGUGACAUGUGUAAAGAGAAUAGAGAGAGCCUGGUGGUGAACUAUGAAGAUUUGGCUGCCUGGGAACAUGUCCUUGCCUAUUUUCUUCCGGAAGCCCCAGCUGAGAUGUUGAAGAUCUUUGAUGAAGCAGCCAAGGAAGUAGUAUUGGCUAUGUAUCCCAAAUAUGACCGAAUUGCUCAGGAAAUCCAUGUCCGCAUCUCACAUCUGCCUCUGGUGGAGGAGUUACGGUCCCUUAGGCAGCUGCAUCUGAACCAGCUGAUCCGGACAAGUGGGGUUGUGACAAGCUGUACCGGGGUUCUUCCCCAGCUCAGCAUGGUCAAGUAUAAUUGUACCAAAUGUAGUUUUGUCUUGGGGCCUUUCUCACAGUCUCAGAACCAAGAAGUAAAACCAGGAUCUUGCCCGGAGUGUCAAUCUGUUGGUCCCUUUGAAAUCAACAUGGAGGAGACAGUCUACCAGAACUAUCAGCGCGUCAAAAUCCAGGAAAGCCCAGGGAAGGUGGCAGCUGGCAGGCUUCCUCGCUCAAAGGAUGCCAUUUUACUGGCUGACCUGGUUGACAGUUGCAAGCCAGGGGAUGAGAUUGAGCUAACUGGAAUUUACCAUAAUAAUUAUGACGGUUCUUUGAACACUGCUAAUGGGUUUCCAGUGUUUGCAACUGUGAUCCUGGCCAAUCACAUCACCAAGAAAGACAAUAAGGUGGCUGUUGGGGAGCUCACAGAUGAGGACAUGAAAGUUAUUGUAGGCCUGUCCAAAGAUGAGCAGAUCGGAGAAAAAAUCUUUGCGAGCAUUGCUCCUUCAAUCUAUGGUCAUGAAGAUAUCAAAAGGGGGUUGGCUCUAGCCCUGUUUGGAGGAGAACCCAAAAACCCAGGAGGGAAACAUAAAGUCCGUGGGGACAUCAACAUGUUGCUUUGUGGCGAUCCUGGAACAGCCAAGUCUCAGUUCCUCAAAUAUGUGGAGAAAGUAGCCAGCAGAGCGAUAUUCACCACCGGCCAGGGGGCUUCUGCAGUUGGUCUGACUGCCUAUGUGCAGAGACAUCCUGUGAGCAAGGAAUGGACGCUGGAGGCCGGAGCCCUGGUGCUGGCAGACAGAGGGGUGUGCUUGAUAGAUGAAUUUGACAAGAUGAAUGAUCAGGAUAGGACCAGCAUCCAUGAAGCCAUGGAACAGCAGAGCAUCUCCAUCUCAAAGGCUGGCAUUGUCACAUCUUUACAAGCUCGCUGUACUGUUAUUGCUGCUGCCAAUCCCAUAGGUGGGCGCUAUGACCCUUCUUUGACUUUCUCGGAAAACGUUGAUCUGACCGAGCCCAUCAUAUCUCGAUUUGAUAUCCUGUGUGUGGUCAGGGACACCGUGGAUCCUGUUCAGGAUGAGAUGCUGGCUCGGUUUGUUGUCAGUAGCCAUAUCAAGCAUCACCCAAACAGCAAGGAUCCAGUAAAUGGAGAGUCUCAAGAGAUUACCCUCCCUAAUACUUAUGGCGUAGAGCCCAUUCCACAGGAGGUCCUGAAGAAAUACAUUAUUUAUGCAAAGGAAAAAGUCCAUCCCAAACUCAACCAGAUGGACCAGGACAAAGUGGCCAGGAUGUACAGUGAACUCAGGAAAGAAUCCAUGGCAACUGGAAGUAUCCCCAUUACAGUGCGUCACAUAGAGUCCAUGAUCCGAAUGGCGGAGGCCCAUGCCCGCAUGCACCUGCGGGAUUAUGUGAUGGAGGAUGAUGUCAACAUGGCUAUCAGGGUCAUGUUGGAGAGUUUCAUCGACACACAGAAAUUUAGUGUUAUGAGAAGCAUGCGGAAGACUUUUGCCCGGUACCUUGCCUUCAGGCGGGAUAACAAUGAGCUCUUGCUGUUCAUUUUGAAACAACUGGUAUCGGAGCAGGUGAUGUAUCAGAGGAACCGCUAUGGAGCACAGCAGGACACCACUGAAGUGCCAGAGAAAGACUUAAUUGAUAAGGCUCGCCAGAUCAACAUCCACAACCUUUCAGCCUUCUUUGAUAGUGAGCUGUUCAAGAUGAACAAGUUCAGCCGUGAUGUAAAGCGGAAAUUAAUUGUGCAAACCUUCUGAGGCAAUGACUUCACAAGAGCAAUUCAGAGCUCUGCUUCUCUUCAGAGGUAGCGGCACGUGGCAAUUCCCAAGGCCUUUCCUUAUACAUUUCAGAAAAGAACUGGAAACUGCUCUGCUGAAGGACCUGUAAAUAGAAUAGAAUAGGAUGGAAUGGUCUUGUGGUUAAAAAAGCAGAAUUGCUGUGAGCCUGCGUUUACCGGAUGAAGCCCUGGAGGAACUGUUUCCUGUUGGCCUCAUUUUAGAAAUUGGACUUGACACUGGUAGUGGUGAAUGGGUCAGCCUCAGACGCCUGGAAUGAGCAGUGACACAGUGCCCAUGUUCACUUUAAAGCAACUGCUGCUUCCUAUUUCUCCUCUGUUGCACCCUGCUUACUGCUUCAUGUGCUUGUAUAUGAAAAGCUGAAAACAGCCUGUAUUGAAGAUUAGUUGAAACCCACAUUUGUCUUCCUUUAGAACUACAUUAUGUUUUGAGGUCAAAACAAUUGGAGACAUGCAAAACUAGUCAGUGGAGGGGCAUGCCAGGGCCCCCUAAAACCUUGCCAGAAGCAAUUCAGCAGCAUGGGCUGGAGGAGGCUUAGCACAGUUCUCCAGAAGUUCUGUUCCCAAAGUAAUAAUUUUUGCACAUCCCUGAAAAUGUUGUUUUUUCUUACAUAUUUGCCCAAUAAAGUGUAAUUGGGAAAUGUUUACUGAAAAAAAAACCCAAAGGUUUUAAAAUAGCUUUUUAAAAAUAAAGGCACAAAUUGGCUUGCUGUUUAAAAAGAGCUGUCUUCCAAAACCAGCUGCUUCACUGUGAAUGCUGCAUUGUCAACCAUAUGCUUUUCUGGGUAAUAUUUUAUCAUUUUUCCUCUGUUAUUUGAACUCCUUUUGUAUUAAAGAAAGGUAACUUAAAGCCAGUUGUAACUCCUAAGCUUUCCAUUUUUAUACCAGUUUUGGACUUGAGAUAGCAGCUCAUCAACUCAGUGUGUUCUCUCUACCAUUUUAGAGAGCCAAAUCAGAAAGAUAAGAACAGUAAAUGUCUAAAAUCUAACCCUUGUCCAGAAGCAAGUUUUCUUCUGGAAAAUAGCAGGAAUGAAUUACCAGCAAUUAUUUCCUGUCCCGAGUUUUUAAUAGAAGAUAACUAACAGACACUAAAGACAGAACAUCUGUAUAUCCCUUCUAAUGCAAAAUGUGUGCCUUUUGCAUCAGACAUUGGUCAGUGCUGUGAGGGUAGGGAGUAGUAAACAAAAAAUUAAAUACAGUAAGCUUUAUGCUUGCCUACCCAUGGUCUAAAUCACCAAGCCAAGUACCUCUGAUUCUAUUCCCAUCUUUGUGCCUUAAAUUACUUCCUGUUUAGAGCCCUUCUGAACCUCCACAAUCCAAUCUAUUGCAUGCAACUAGAUGGCCCUUCUCUUCUCCUGUGUUUGUAGUUCCAUUAACAACUUUUCAUGUUGUGUCUAUUUUAAGGGGAUCACAGAGAAGGCUAGUUGAGAGAUAAUCCUGUUUAUUAGGCAACAUGGCCUAUAUAUCAGUGCACUCUACAGGUUCUAACCUUUUCCUUUAUAGGCUGUAGUGUUUGGUUGAUUUUAAAUGUAUUCAAUGUUAAUGUAAUGAUU